CGCAGUCACGAAUCGAGAGGCGGCCAGCUCUUAGGCUACGUCAGACCUUAUCCCUUCCCGGCGAGAAGGUGAGCCCGAGAUGCCUUCGAGGUCUUUUUAGAAAUCGGUAGUAAAUGCGUUAGGCCGGCGGUUGCGCGAGUCAGUUGAGAGAAAGAUGCUGUGCAGCAAGGUUGUCUCGGUGUGUCUUCUUGGUCUACUUGCACUCGUCAACGGGAUGGCUGAGAACAAUCAGGGCUCCUCAGAGGGGCUUCCGUUCAUUCAAUUCACCGACGGUGGCAUCCGUUUCAAUUUCGCGGGCUAUCACGCUCAAGCUGGCCUAGGUGGCCUUCUAACCGGAUCGCAAACAGGAGGUGGACUGCACGCGAGCGCAGGAGCACCCUGGGGCGCCCAUGCGUCCGCUGGCCUUGGUGGAAUACUCGGUGGUAACAAUGCGAAUGCUGGAGGUGGUCUCUACGCGAGAGCUGGUCUGGGUAACGGAAGACACGAAGCCGCGGCAGGAUUGGGCGGUUUGUUAGACGGAAGUGGAAGAUCGGGUGCUGGAGCCAGAGGAGGACUCUUCGCUGGGGCUACCACGGGCACGCGUGGGAUUGGGGUGUCGACCGGAGGCAGUACCAGUUCAUCGAGCGAUAGUCAGAGUGGAGCCAGCGGCGGAAAUCCUGGCGACGAUGGAGGAAAACCGGCCAAAGGUCGUUCGAAUAUUCAAAUAAUCAGGAAGAAGGAAAAGGUGAAACAGGUAGUGAGCUCUGGACCAGGGUCCACGGAGGUUCCUACGCCAGCCGAUCCUCCCGCGAAUAAAGAGAUCCGUGAGGCACAGCCUGCUCAAUUGGCACCUGCCGUCGAGCCAGCUCCCGCUGUACCACCUUUACUCAACGAAGCAAACGAGGUCACGCAAGUCGACAAUCUUCCUACUCGAGUGAGGAUCAUCCGUCCAGGCAGGAAGAGGUUUUGGGCACCAAGGAAACAGGUUAUUCUAGAGUACGAACCGUCCUCCGUAGAGAAACAGGAUGUCGUGCAUUCGAAUACUCAGAAACGUCAGACGAUCACUUAUUCGGACCCUCUGCCAGCAUCGCGGACCACCGCGACAGCGAAAAACAAUGGCAAUGGCUUCUUCGACGACGUGUUCAACAUACCGGUAUCAACGCUGAACGCUGUCAACCAAUUAUUAAACAACAAUUCCGGUUGACCAACGACGGCCACGUGUCCCUCUAAUUUUACCGCCUUCAAUGUGUGUAUUUUAUACGAGACUUGCUGGUAAUGGAAGUAAUUAUGAGUCAAUAAGAAUGCAGAUACGCCGUGUAUGAUGCAUCGAGUGCUUUUUUUAAAAUAAAUUAUCGUAAACGUA